UUAAAAAUAUUUUACAUCUCAAAAUAGAAAUAGCCUGAUGAAGAAGACAAUAACGAUUUUAAUUAUUCAAAUAAACAUAUGCUUAUUAGUAAUCAAGGGGGAUAAAAUAAUACUCUAAAUUACUCUACGAAAAAUAAAAGUCCUUCUAUUACCCUUUCUCAAAAUACCAAUUUCAUCUUCCAACGGCUAGCUACGCUCCAACGGACUUUGUCUUGUCUCACAUGGCCGAUUCGUCUUCCCUCUCAUACCCAUAAUUUCAAAUCAGAGAGAGUUUCGAAUUCCACCUAGUGGAUCGAAUUUCCAUCGCAUGUUCCAGAACCAAUUUAAUUCUGGAUCGACAUUACUAUUUGCGCUUCAAUCAUGGAAGGAUCAGCUGGCGAGCAAGAGUCCGCCUUCCGCUCCGCUUUGCCGCCUGCUGUUGUCUCUCUAACGCCGUUAACUUCCUCAGUUUCGCCUUCUCCGCGUCGCCUUUCGAUUUGCUCCACGCGCUGCAACCAGCCGGUGAGAGCAAAGAGGCAGCUGGCUUGGGCGUCUCGUCAGGUAGGGAUCAUCGGAGCCGAGAAGGCUACCGCCGUUAAGAAGACAAUUGAGCGACACAUCUUGUUUACCGAUCAAGAGGCGACGGCUUCGGAGAUAUUGACCCCCAUCCAACGCGCUUUGAUUGUCUCUGUGGUUGCGGCAGCGGCUAUUAAUUCAAAGAAGCAUCAGCAGAUUUCGAGCCUGCAGAAUUCUGUUGAGAUUAGGGAUCAAGUACUUGAAAGCAUGCAACAGAAGAUAGACAGUUUGUUUCAGCAGGUAAGUAGUUUCAACAAUCAGUCUCAAGAUGCCAGUGCUGUUGAUUUGUCAGCUCAAAAACCAGUGGAUAGUAGGCAAUGUGAGCCUUUUCAUCAUCACAUAUCCGUACCAUCAGAUCCUAAUUUGGGAAAUACAUCCAUAGAAGGACCGAAUAGAGGCAAGGUUUUUGUAUAUAGAGUACCAGCUGCCGAUAUGGUUGAAGCAGAGGAGCGCCACCUAUCUUAUUGGUCAGAUUCUUCUCCCAGCAUCUCAUCUUCGAUGGAUAAUCAGUUUGACACUGGAGCAAUGGACCAUGAUGCCACUAUGCCAAUGAAGAACAGCAAGCACAAUGAUGUUUCCAUUAAUCAUUUGUCAGCUUUUAUUCGGUCAUCUGAAAUAUAUGUUUCAAAGAGAAUUGCAAAACUGGAAGACACCAUUGGAAGGAAAAAUGCAAUAAUCAACAAACUAAGGAGGGACAUUGUUAUUCUCGAACGAAAGGUGAUGAACUUGACACAAGUAGGCAAGCCGCAAAGCUCGGCUGCAAAUUCAGAUGUGAGGCAACUUCCUUACAUGGCAGAUAAUGUCCUUUAUGACAUGGACAAUACAACCAGCCCUUCUGAUUCAGACAGCUCUCCUAGGAGCCAGAUGCACCACCCCCUCAAAACUCACAGAAAAACUUCGACAGCAAGUCGUAAAUGUGAUCAGUUCAAGACCACCUCUGCCACAGGCCAGUGCCACAAACCCCUUGUGACAAGUCCUUUGAAAGAGAAGUCUAUAAACAGGACUCCUAACUCAGUUCCUUCAAUGAAACCAAGACGUUCUCCCGGGGAAGAAAACCGAUCCAGGAAACUACCCUCGGCGCGAUCCCGGGAAGGAACUGCACAGAAGAGAUGGCUAUGAUGAUGAUAGUAAGUGGUAGUGUCAAGGGAAUAGCAAUGCAGAUGGUAUGUGCAUUUCUUUCAACUAUUGAAGCCAUAGUAUUUAUUUGUCAUGAAAAUUUAGUACAUUUGUGCUUGUAUAUUUUACUGUAAGUAUUUUAAUUUUGUCAUUGAUUAUGGGACAAAACUAGCCUAGUAUUUUUACUUAAUUGGGCUUAUUGGGCCAAUCCAAAUGGCGAAAAUUAGGCCCAUUUAUUGAUUGGUUGUCUACAGAGAGAAUCUGGACCACAUAAUGUUGGCAUAAUCAACGGUUCAGAUUUCUUUAUAGGAAUGUUAAAUAAUUAAUAGACGGCUCGGAUCGUGACAAUAUCUGAUCCUCACCCUCCAUUAUCCCGCCAAAAACUGUUCAUUCGAUUUUCCCAAAUCUUUUAUGAUAGAAACCCGACUUUUAAUUUCACAUCGAAUUCAGCAGCCGUUCCUGCCGUAUCGUACUCAUAGAUCCAUGGGGCACGAAGCAAACAGCAGGGAAAUCGACUGGCGGAAAAGCGCCUCGGAAGCAGCUG